CCCCAGUCCGGCCCGGCUCCCCGGCUGUGCGCUCCAGGCUGGGUGCGAGCCAUGGGCAGCGGCAGCAGCCGGAGUGGCCGGAUUCCGAGGCGGCGGCGCAGCCCUGACAGGCGCCAGGCGGGUCCGGGAGAGGCAACCUCGGAGGGCGGCAGGGUUGACCAGGCCACGACGGCCGCGACACAGGAGGAGACCGGCCGCGACCCCCUCCCCGCGACACCCCCCGGCGGCCGGGAGGAGACCCUGCGCCUGCUGGACCAGUUGCUGGCCGAGUCGGAGGCCUGGGGGCCCCAAGAGCCGGCCCCACGGGGCCCUGCCCGGCUCCCACUCGCGGUAUCCCCAGAAAAGAUGACUAAGGACAACUCCAAAGACAGCUGUGCCUCUGAAACCUCAGGCAGCAGCCACAAGAGACCUGAGGGGCAGUCACCCAUCUCCUAUGAUUACUCCGAAGAGGAGCUGAUGGCAAGCAUCGAGCGGGAGUAUUGCCGCUGAGCUGGCUGAGCAGCCCUACUCACCACUGGACUAGGUCUUGCAGGCCUAUGAGCUGGGCUAGAGUCAGAGGGUACCAUACUUCAUACUUCAGUGUUGCCAAACUGGUGGCUCAGCUUCUAAUCCCAGGACUGGGGAGGCAGAGGCCCGACCCAUGUCCCAGCCAGAGCAAAACAGCUUCUAGAAUACAGCCAUCUUUCCAAACUGAUCUUUAAAUAUUCGGGGUCAGAGUCCUACUGGCCUGGCAAACCAAGACUAAGGUUGAGCAGGUCCUGGGCCACAGGUGUGUGGGCCCCUCCUCUCACACAGGAGAUGCUGUGUGGUUCCCCUCAAAUCUGAACUGUUAGUCCUUCCAACUUACUCACUUUCCAUGUAGGGAAGGGUUAAACCCUACUGGCUGUGCCACAGCCUCUAGAAGAUUUCACCAAAGUAUGUUCUUGAUCUUCACACUAAGAUUUCCAGAGGGAUACAGUAAAAGAGUUCCAUGUGCACACAAAGGGCCAGAGUAUAUGGCCUGAGGCAGAUCCUGAGUGUGUAAGUUUAGGCAGGUGUCAGACUGCAUUUCUAACAGCACAGAGGUAAGGGCAAGCUGCAGGAGCAAGGACUGAGUGUCUGCAUUUCAGACUUCUCCCAUAGCUUUUCCCUUCUUCAGGCUGGAGGCCCCCACACCAGCCUGCCCUGCCUUGGAUGUAGUAGGAAGAUAGCGUGGGCCAGGAGCCAUAGACCGCUCUGGCAUCCCAGUAUCACAUGAGUUUGUGGUGGGGUGUAGCUCUCAUGGAUUCCCUCUCUGGGCCUCAGUUUCUCUCGAGGGAGAAUCCUGGAGGUUGUUUAAAGCCUUCCAAGUCCUAUCAGCUCACAGCUCUAUCUUCUAGCUCGUUAUCUCCCAUCUAUCUGUGUCUUAGCCAUCUGACUGAGUGCAGAAUUUUAUGGGAGCGGAGAGAACAAGCCCACAGGUCUUCAUGACAACGGCUCUCUGGUUUCCUUUUUGGCUGGCAGUCUGGUUCAGCGUGGACCUCUUCUCCCCCUCCUCACUUGGGUGGAAGGCAGUCAGUCACAAUGAUGCCAGAAGAGCUUUCAGACAUUCCCAGUGGACAGAGGGGGAGAUACAUGGAGCCCAUGGGAAGGAGGGAAGGACCUGUGUGGGUCCUUUAGGACCUGGGUCUUGCUCAGGUUUGGAAGCACCCCCACAGUUGGUGAGGGCGCUGGCAGAAAGGGCUCAUAGAACUGUGAAUGGUGGCGUAUGCUUAAAAUAGUCACCAGGCCAAGCUAGAUGAUUAUUGCCAGCUGAAAGCUAUAUAGUAAAUUCAAGACCAGCUUGGACCAUGGGGUGAGAUUCUGUGUCAGAAAACGAGUAGAGAAUGAAGGAAUGGUGGCAGUUUUUGCUGAGGCUAGAACAGGUCUCAGCUUACACUGCAUUCCCAUACCAGUAUCCUCCCUCCAGCCCUCGAAUCCUCAGAGCUCAACCUGGAGCAUCUCAGGAACCAAGGAGGAGUGGUCACUAGGACCAUCCCCACACCUACAGGCCUUUGCAGUCACCUGCAAAUGCUUCCAUGAACUCUUACCACUUGACAAGUGUGCCUUUGAGUUCGCAGCUGGGAGUCUUGUGCUACAGUCAGAGCCCAGAGCCAGGGGAUGCUCACCAGUUGGUUGAGCCUUGGGCCAAUAUCUCCCAGAGCUGGAAGCUGCAUCUUAACCGAAGCUCAAACCACUGCUUUUGAUAUGAAGAUGAGAGCGGUUUCUAUUUUAAUAUGUCAACCCAAAUGUUACAAAUGCAUAUUUUAUAACGUUAAAAUGUUGCAUUUUAACCAAAGGGUGAAUCAGGCUUUGAAGUUGAUAUUGUGAAUAUUUACUGUUCUA